UGACUUGACCAAUUCCCUCUACAAGUCAACCCAAUUUUCUUUCAGACUUUUCAAACCAACCCACCCACACAAACAUAAACCAAAACCUGAAUUUAACAUAAAUCUCUCACGACAACACACAUCUUUUAUAUGCUUUCCCUACCAAAUUCUCUCAAAUCAUGUGCUCCACCGAUACUUUAAUGGCGUUUCUGCUGUUCCUCUCUUUCUCUCUCAUCAUUUCUCUCUCAUCUGGAGCUGGAGCUGACACAAUCACCGCCAACCAAUCUAUAUCUGGAGAUCAAACAAUCACAUCCAAAGAUGAUCAUUUUACACUGGGAUUCUUCAAAGCAGGUAACUCUUCAAACUAUUACAUAGGUAUAUGGUAUACAAAAGUUUCCACCGUCCCUUCAACAGUUGCUUGGGUGGCAAAUAGAGACACCCCAGUUCGUGAUCGAUUCAGUUCUGAGUUAAAAAUCAUUGAUGGCAAUUUGGUCUUGUUAAAUGAAUCAAAAUCACAAAUUUGGUCAACUAAUUCUUCUAGCACAAAUUCAGUUAUUGCUGUUCUUCUUGAUGAUGGUAACUUAGUUUUGAGAAGUGGGAUCAAUUCUAGUGUAAACACUUGGCAAAGUUUUGAUUUUCCUGCUCAUACUUGGUUGCCUGGUGCUAGACUUGCUUAUAAUAAUAUUACUGAAACUAAAACGCUUCUAACUUCAUGGAAAAGUACCGAUGAUCCUGCCGAAGGGUUGUUUUCUUUAGAGCUUGAUCCAAUUGGGAAACAAUAUUUGAUUAAAUGGAAUAGAACUACUCAAUAUUGGACUAGUGGUUCUUGGAAUGAAAGAGAUAAGCUUUUUACUUUGGUUCCAGAAAUGAGGUUGAAUUAUAUUUAUAAUUUUAGCUAUGUUUCGAAUGAAAACGAGAGUUAUUUCACUUAUUCGUUGUAUAAUCCUGCGAUUAUAUCGAGAUUUAUAAUGGAUGUUUCUGGUCAAGUUAAGCAAUUGUCAUGGUUAGAUGCUACAUCACAGUGGAAUUUGUUUUGGUCCCAACCUAGACAACAAUGUGAGGUUUAUGAUUAUUGUGGGGCUUUUGGUUCAUGUAGAGAAAGUGGAUUGCCUUUUUGCAAUUGCUUAACUGGUUUCAGUCCUAGAUCGCAAACCGAUUGGGAUGUGAAUGAUUUCUCUGGUGGGUGUGUGAGAAAAACUGAGUUGCAGUGUGGGAGAACUUCUGAAAGAUACGGGUUUCUCCGGGUUACAUCAGCCAAGAACAAGCCUCCGAAUUCGACUUCUUUGGCUGUUGGGAGCUCUGCGGAAUGUGAAAGUUCUUGUAUGAAUAGUUGCACAUGUAAAGCUUACUCUUAUGGCAGUGAUGGGUGUUCUAUUUGGGAUGUGGAACUCCAGAAUCUUUCAGAGGAUAAUAGAAAUGCGUUAACAAUUAAUGUCAAAGUUGCUUCAAAAGAUCUUCCAAGUAAAAAGAAGAACAACGGGGUUAUUAUUGGCGCGGUUGUUGGUUCAGUCAUCGGUGUGGUCUUAAUCGUGUGCUUGAUAUGGUUUCUGAUACACCGAAAUAGAUCUAUUGGAAAAACAUCAGUAGAAGGCUCAUUGGUGUCCUUUGUUUAUAGAGAUCUACAAGCCGCUACGAAGAAUUUCUCUGAGAAGUUAGGUGGUGGUGGGUUCGGUUCUGUGUUCAAAGGUACUUUGCCUGAUUCCAGUGUUGUAGCCGUUAAGAAACUUGAAAGUGUUAGUCAAGGUGAGAAACAGUUUAGAACAGAAGUAAGCACAAUUGGGACCAUUCAGCAUGUGAAUCUUGUACGCCUUCGCGGAUUCUGUUCAGAUGGUAAUAGCAAAUUGUUAGUGUAUGAUUACAUGCCAAAUGGGUCACUAGAUGCGCAUCUUUUCAGCAGCAACAAGCUUCUAGAUUGGAAAACGAGGUAUCAGAUCGCACUUGGAACUGCUCGGGGACUGGUUUAUCUUCACGAGAAAUGUCGCGAUUGUAUAAUCCAUUGCGAUAUAAAGCCAGAAAACGUUCUUUUGGAUGCUGACUUGUGUCCAAAAGUUGCAGAUUUUGGUCUCGCGAAGCUAGUUGGUCGCGACUUCAGCAGAGUUCUAACGACCAUGAGGGGAACGAGAGGGUAUCUAGCACCAGAAUGGUUAUCAGGAGUCGCCAUCACAACUAAAGCCGAUGUUUACAGCUAUGGGAUGAUGAUGUUUGAGUUCAUAAGUGGUGCACGUAACUCAGAACAUGGAGAAAACGGGAAAAAGAAAUUCUUCCCCAUGGAAGUCGCAAACGUGCUCAUUGAUGGUGGGGAUAUUCUUACCCUAUUAGACCCUAGAUUGGAUGGAGAAGCAAGUGUAGAAGAACUCACAAAACUAUCUAAAGUUGCGUGUUGGUGUAUACAAGACGAUGAGGAAAACCGGCCUUCGAUGAGUCAAGUAGAACAAAUUCUAGAUGGCGUUUUAGAUGUUAACAUGCCUCCAAAGCCACGAGCACUCCAAUUAUUCGUUGAGAACAACGAUGAUGUUGUUUUCUUCACCGAGUCAUCGACAAGCCAAAGUUCACAAGCUCAUAGCAAUCCUUCGAGCCACGUUUCACAGGCUAAGAGUGCUGCGUCCCUUUGAAGACAGUUAUAUUUUAAUGGCAAUAUACGGAUAUAUAUAUAUGGGCAAAAGAUCAAAUACAAAUAAUCUUAACAUACUAAACAUCCAAAUUGAAGGAAAACCCAAAAAGACAAGGUGGCAUUUUUGUAAUUACCACCAACUAUCAAAGUUACAACCAAAAAUACCUAAA